AAGCCAGACGCUAAUCCACAUUCACCGUACCCCGUGCCUCUCGUUUCUUCCAUUACAAACACACUUCUCUUUUCCUCUCGGUGAUCUCCUUUUCCAACCAACCCAAUUAAAUAGUUUGGUAGACAUAUCUCCCGGAGAGAAAGAGCCAAGAUGCCAGUUGAUUGCUCAUCAGCUUCCGGCCUAACUGUGUGCGUCACCGGCGCCGGCGGCUUCAUUGCCUCAUGGAUCGUAAAACUUCUCCUAGAAAAAGGCUACACUGUGAAAGGGACUCUAAGGAACCCAGAUGAUCCGAAGAAUGCCCAUUUGAAAGAGCUGGAAGGAGCUCAGGAGAGAUUAACCUUAUGGAAAACUGAUCUUCUAGAUUAUGAGAGCCUUAAGGUUGCCAUUGAUGGCUGUGACGGUGUCAUUCACACCGCGUCACCGGUGACUGAUGAUCCCGAACUAAUGGUGGAGCCGGCUGUGGAUGGGACAAAGAAUGUGAUCAUAGCAGCGGCCGAGGCCAAACUGCGGCGCGUGGUGUUUACGUCGUCGAUCGGUGCGGUGUACAUGGAUCCUAACAGGGGUCCGGAUGUGGUGGUGGACGAGUCAUGUUGGAGUGACCUCGAGUUCUGCAAGAACACCAAGAAUUGGUAUUGCUAUGGGAAGGCAGUGGCUGAGCAGGCAGCAUGGGAGGUUGCGAAAGAGAAAGGGGUGGAUCUAGUGGUGGUGAACCCAGUUUUGGUGCUUGGACCGUUGUUGCAGCCAAAUGUCAAUGCUAGCGUCGUCCACGUCCUCAAAUACCUAACCGGCUCUGCUAAGACAUAUGCCAACUCCGUCCAGGCCUAUGUGCAUGUUAGGGAUGUGGCACUUGCCCACAUCCUCGUUCUUGAGACUCCCUCUGCCUCUGGCCGUUACCUUUGUGCCGAGAGUGUGCUUCACCGUGGAGACGUCGUCCAGAUUCUUGCCAAGCUCUUCCCAGAGUAUCCUAUCCCCACCAAGUGUUCGGAUGAAAAGAACCCGAGAGCAAAACCCUACACGUUCUCGAACCAAAAGCUGAAGGAGUUGGGCUUAGAGUUCACGCCGGUGAAGCAAUGCCUGUACGAGACCGUCAAGAGCUUGCAGGAAAAGGGUGUCCUUCCGGUCCCGACACAGCAACAAGAAUCAAUUCGAAUUCAGUCCUAGAUCUGCUCCAUCGAUCUCAAAUCUCAAUCCAAAUCUGCUCCGACAUAAUUAAUAUUGUGAGCAUUAAGAUAAUUAUGAAGGUUGUAAAGAGUAAGAAAUUACUGUGAGAGACUGUCAGGUGUUGCUGUUAGCAUAUAUAUUCUGAUAUAUAUCAUGCUUGUUGUCUUGUUGAUCGACUA